UUCUGAGUUAAAUAUGCUCAUGAAGUACGUACGUGGAGUAACCAGGUAGGUAGGCUUCAACAUUGCUAAUCUGCAACGUCUGCCUCCAGAGGGUUAAACAAAUAGCUGUUUUGUAAAAAUGUGUGAUCUAGGUUACUUAUUUCACUUUGUCUACACAUCUCUUCAAAUUCAGAUAAAUGCUUUUAAAUUCUUUGGUUUCACAUUUUCAUUAAGCUAAAUCAUCACUAAGAUCCCUCAGCAGGAGGGCCAAAGGGGGGUCCAAGCUUGCUGUUAGGGUGGCACUGGCCCACCCUGGACACACCCUAGGACCGCCCCUGAUUACCUCCCUCUUGUUUAUGAUUAUUUUUAUUUCUUUUAUUUCUCUACUUUUCCUUGUUAAAUACUGUUAAAUUUUUCAACAUUUUACUAAUUAUAAGAAUUAUUUUCUUGUAAAAAUGUUUUGUUCCUUUAUAGGCUGGUUGUUUUUAUCAGUAUAUUUAUUAAAACAAACACGUACAUUUCAUCUAUCUCCAUUUCUCAGUCAGGUGUCCUCUGUUUAAUAACCCUUUAACUAAUUAAAUAAAGUCGAUGUAUUUGUUUUUCUAAGUCAAAGAGCCCAGUUGUGACCUUUUUCCUCCACCUUUAGCUGUUUGCUCUGAGAGAAAGUGGAUUCUGUCUCAUUAAUAAUUCAGCCUGUCGUAAUAAAAUCCAGCUCAGGGAGUAGAGGCACACUUCAGAAGAACAGGAUGGACUCUGGUGUACCUGUACCUGAGCCGGUGAGAGUGGGAGUUGUACUGGUGACAAACUCAGAAAAUGCAGACUGUGUUGUCGACGCAGAAGGACGUCGAAUUGACUACAGAUCGACAACCAAUGAGGAUUCUAAGUCCUUCAUAUUUGACCAGGUUGUGGGAGCUGACCACAUGGAGAGUCUUCACUCCGAGCUGCUGCAGACUCUCCCUCAGUCCACAUUCAGCAGCUGUAAUGGAGCGUUGCUGAUGUGUGGCGCGUCCACAGAGACCGUCAGAGCCCUGACCGACCAAAGGAUCGUCAGAAAGGUCCUAACAAACCUGUUUAGUUGCAUUUCAUCACGAGCUGCUGCAGAGGUCUUCACCUCUGUGUCUUUUCUUCAGUUUUACCCAGAUGGGAGUGCCGUGGAUCUCCUGAGCCUCAACAAAGAGAAUUUGCAGCUUGUGACACAUCCUGCUCUUGGGAGUGUUGUUGGCGGUUUAAGCGAGGUGUGUGUGUGCUCAGCAGAAGAAGCUUUUAGUGUGUAUGAAACAUGCAGGGAGAUGAUGAAGACCAACGCUGGCUUCAUCUCCAGUCGAUGUAGCUCCCUGCUCUCAGUGGUCCAUGAGUGGAAACUCCAUCCAGAGCAGGUGGAGUCGGAUGUCUGCUGCAGCACACUGCAGCUGUUCAGCCUGGCAGGAGGAGCCAGCAGGACGGACCUCCGAGGCGUCAGCCCUCUGCUGAAGGUUCUGGACCAAAUGAAAACUCCUGCUGCUACAGAUGACAACAGCCUCCUCCUUGCCCUUCUUAAAGACGCCCUCACAGGAAACACCAGGACGUACCUCAUCUACUGCAUUAACCCACAAGGUAUUCUAGACGUUGAGACUCCUUCUGCUCUGGACUUGGCUCAGAGAGUGAGAGGCUGUGCUACUAAGGCUCAGACUGUUUGCUGGAACCCAAAGCAAACUGAGCGAGGGCUUCGCGAAGGCAUCAUGGAGCUGCAAACCAUCAUCAUGUCUCAGAGGGACAGCGAUGUUCACAGCAUUCACAAGCUAGCUGAGAUGACUCAAAACCUGCAGGUAACCUAUACAGAGCCUUCACACGUGGGUCGCUCAAGGGUGAUGCUGGAGGUGUGGCUUAUGAUCCAACAGAUGGUAAAGAAUCAGUCCUGGAAGAAGAAAAGGGAGGAGUCAGAGAAGAUAAAAGUCAAAAUCAAGCAGAGUUGUAAAUCCUCCCAGAGCAAUCAGCAGAUCUCUGGAGGUCGUCAAGCCGAUCACAACAACGAGAGUGCAGAAACCGUUAAAUAUCUGCAGGAGCAGCUGAGACGAGAAAUUGAAGAACAUCUCAGAGAAGGUAGAGGCAGCGCAGAGAAGGUCCAGGAGAAGGUGGCGAGAAUCCAGCAGCUGAAAGAAGCUCUGAGAGAAGAAACACUGAAGAGUGGAGUUGUUCCAGAGGAAUCCCAGCUCUGUCUUCAGUCUCAGCUGGAAUACAAUGAAGCGCAGGAGCGGAGGAGGCAACUCAAGGAGGAUCAUGCGAGAUUAAUGCAGGAGGAGGUGGUGAGGAUGGAGGAAGACUUGGCCCGGGAGCAGCCACCGACAGAAGGUCCUCAGAGAGAGCUGCUGGUGCUGAGCAGAGAGAGACGGAUUCUGGUGCUGCAGAUGGAGGCCCUCCGUACCGAGGCCCAGCAGGCGGAGACAGAUCUGCAGGAUCAGCACCGGAGACACCAAACAGAGCUGCACUGUCUGAGGGAGGAGAGCCUGCAGAUAAGAAGCAGCGCGGUGUGUUGAAGCUGUCAUCAGCUGAUCAGGAGCUAGAGGUAGAUGUUUUCAUCCAAGCGCAUCACGGCCCGUGAAGAACGAGGAAGACAUGAUGAAUAUCUACGGCUGCAGACCCGCAGAUUCGCUGCUGCAGGUGGGAAUCUGCAGGUAUGCAGCCGUGCCCUUCUUAGCGUGACAGCGGGACGUCCCGAAGGUCCGCUCACCUGUUCACCGCUCAGACGUCCUGAUCUUCUACCUUCCUAGAUCAUCCAGCUGUAACCUGUUUCUGAUCAUGUCUUUAGUCCCGCUGUAACACUGAUGCAUCAGUCUCAGACGGCAUGGAGCUCAGGUGUUAUUAGAACUACCUGUGUGUGUUUACCACCCAGCUUCAGCUCUUCUGUGGUCGGGUCUGACCCAAGUUAGUAAAUGUAAGUCCUCCAUCAGGCUUGUGCCUCUUCUAGUGUCAUUUUAAAGGGUUUUAUUUAUUUAUUUAACCGUUACUAGAUUAGCAGCAACAGAAAUGCUACUAAAAACACACAUUUAUGUGAAGCUGGAAAAAUUAGAAUACUGUGCAAAAUUACAUUUAUUUCUGUAAUUUAACUAGACCGAGAUACCAUUUAAAGGCUCGGGAACCUUUACAGGUGUUUCUAUUUGCAAUUUUAAAUUUUAGCUGAUUGGGGUCUUGUUAAAUAUCACACAGUGACCUUUUAAUAGUAUAGAUAAGUGUAAUGCUCCUAUUAGUAGUUCCUCCUGUUAAGUGCUUAUUUGUUUAAAUUAUUCAGGUUUAUAAAAAACAUUUUAACAUACAUUUUAUUAUGUUCCAGUCAUUAGUCAUUUAUAUUUU